CUCUUCAAAAUAGCCAGUCAUUUCUGGUCGGCUUUUAUUUUCGAAGAAUUGUAUCUGUAAAAAUAAUUCAAGAUGGAAUCGUUUGACUUUACCAAUACCCCCGUCAGCACCGGCACCACAAUUAUGGCCGUAGAAUUUGAUGGCGGCGUCGUGGUUGGCGCUGAUUCUCGCACCAGCUCCGGUCCUUAUGUGGCCAAUCGGGUCACUGACAAGCUUACUCGCAUUACUGAUCAUAUCUAUUGCUGCCGCAGUGGGUCUGCCGCUGAUACACAGGCCAUUGCCGACAUUGUGGCCUAUUCGCUAAACUAUCACGAGAAUCAGAUGAGCAAGCCUGCGACAGUAUUCGAGGCAGCUUCAGAGUUUCGCAACUAUUGCUACAGUUAUCGCGACUCUCUGUUAGCCGGCAUUAUUGUUGCUGGUUGGGAUAAACAGCUUGGUGGCCAGGUUUACAAUGUUCCAGUAGGUGGUAUGCUGGUACGUGAGCCCUGUACCAUCGGAGGCUCCGGCUCGAGCUAUAUUUACGGCUUCGUUAGAGAGCACUACCGCGAAGGCAUGGCAAUGGAGGAAUGUGUAGAAUUCGUAAAGAAAGCUGUGAAGCAUGCCAUCUACCACGACGGUAGCUCUGGAGGUGUAGUUCGUAUUGGCAUCAUUACCCAGGAUGGAGUUGAGCGCCGCUUGUUCUUUAACACAAAAUCAGGCGAACCAGAGGUUAUAAAUACCCCCCAAUUGGCAGUGAAUUAAUGAUUUAUAAUAAAUUAAUAUAGAAUAUGUGAAGGGCGUUGUAAACACUCCAGAAUAUAAAAUGGUUCAUAAAUAUAUUCAUUUGGUUCGUA